CCAAAUAACUGUGAACUUUUAGUGGGUCGUUAAAAUGUUAGCUACUUAAUCUCCGAGUGUUUGUGUUUUGGGUUAGCAAGCAAGCAGCGGGGGGAAGCUAGCCGCCGUGCUGUGUUCAGUUCGGUAACUUGAAUCGCCGUUCAGAAGUUUGUUCCUGCCGAACGCGCUUUGAAUGGUCGRGCUGUGAUGGAGAGAGGGCCGCACACCACAGCUUUUUUAGUUGUAAUGUUUGCAUGGUGCUGAUAAAACAUUUCCACCAUUCAUUACACCCCUCCUCCUCCUCCUCCUCCUCCUACUCCGGACAGACGGGCUAACGAGCAGCACCGUCAGCUAACUAGUACUCGUAACUUCUCGUCUGCUUGUUAGAAAAGAUUAAUUUAUUUUUAUCACAUUCACAGGUGAUUCUCUGUGGACAUCAUUAAAGGACUCCCCCACCCGCCCCCAUCAGCAUUUGGAUCUGUUCUUUGCUGUCCCAGGUUAAGACUACUUGGCUCUGAUGGACAAACCCAAACUUGUCAAGCGGCAGAGACUUGACCGCAUCUGUGAGGGUAUCCGACCCCCGAUCCUGAAUGGACCGAUGCACCCUCGGCCCCUCGUGGCCCUGCUGGAUGGGCGCGACUGCACCGUGGAGAUGCCCAUCUUGAAAGACGUGGCCACAGUGGCUUUCUGCGARGCUCAGUCCACACAAGAGAUUCACGAGAAGGUGUUAAACGAAGCUGUGGCCGCCCUGCUGUACCACACCAUUACUUUAUCCAGAGACGACUUGGAAAAGUUUAAAGGCCUUCGAGUUAUCGUCCGGAUCGGCUCAGGUUUUGACAACGUUGACAUUAAAGCAGCUGCCGAGCUUGGUAUUGCGGUCUGUAACGUGCCGGCGGCCUCGGUGGAAGAGACGGCCGACACGUCACUAUGCCUGAUCCUCAACCUGUACAGGCGAGUCACCUGGAUGCACCAAGCUCUGAGGGAGGGAACACGCGCCUCCAGUGUGGAGCAGAUCAGGGAGGUGGCUGGUGGCGCUGCUCGAAUCCGAGGCGAAACGCUCGGCAUCAUCGGUUUAGGGCGUGUCGGUCAAGCUGUGGCUCUGCGGGCCAAAGCCUUCGGAUUUAGCGUGAUCUUUUACGACCCGUACCUGCCCGAUGGUGUGGAGCGCUCCCUGGGCCUGCAGCGAAUGGCCACGCUGCAGGACCUGCUCAUCCACUCUGACUGUGUGUCCCUGCACUGCAGCCUCAACGAGCACAACCACCACCUCAUCAACGACUUCACCAUCAAACAGAUGCGCCAGGGAGCGUUUCUGGUGAACACAUCAAGAGGCGGACUUGUUGAUGAGAAAGCACUAGCUCAGGCCCUGAAGGAGGGCCGGAUACGAGGGGCCGCCCUGGACGUCCAUGAGACCGAGCCCUUCAGUUUUUCAACCGGGCCCCUGAAGGACGCACCCAACCUGAUCUGUACCCCUCACACGUCCUGGUACAGCGAGCAGGCCUCAGUCGAAGCUCGUGAAGAAGCAGCCAGAGAAGUGCGCCGCGCCAUUACUGGUCGUAUCCCAGACAGCCUGAAGAACUGUGUUAAUAAGGAGUAUCUGAUGGCCGCCUCUCAGUGGCCCAGCAUGGAGGCAGCUACUGUUCAUCCAGAACUUAACGGAGCCACCUACAGAUUCCCCCCCGGUCUGAUCAACGUCGCAGCGGCAGCGGGGCUGCCAGGAGCAGGCGCCGCCGUCGAGAGCCUGGUUCCAGGAACCCUGGCGCACGCCAUUGCCCCCGUGUCCCACCCUCCUCAUGCCCCGUCCCCAGGGCAGCCCACCAAGGCUGAGGCCGACAGAGACAUCCCCUCCGACCAAUAGCCCCCCUCUGCCGGCGCCAGCACAUUCCGUCGUCUCUGGAAACCAAACCCCACCACCAUCCACCUCCUCCCAGGAUCAGACACGACCUGACCUUCCUGUGAACCGGAAGCACCAGUUCUGACCCAUCGUGGAUCUGCAGUCCUUUCCUCUGAUCACACACAACCAGCCCAGGAGUGACCUAUUCACAGCUAGCCCUAUCCCACCUCCCAUCUCCAUCUCACACACACACACACACCCCCUCCCUCCACUACGUCAGCAAUAACUGUGUUCUCAAGGAUUCAGUGAUUGGAUUGGUUUAGUUCCUUAGUUGGCUGUUGUUUUAAUGGAAAGUUGAUCUUUUGUGGUUCUAGGUGUUUCUGUUUGUUUUUGUUUAAAAAGAAAAUGCUUUUUUUUUCCUGACAUGAGGCUUCAGUCUGCUGACUCGCAGAGACAGAAGGGUUGAAGCUCCGUAUUGUACAUUAAUGACUCGUGUUACAGCUCUCCUCUUUUUAUUUUUAUUUUGUUUUGUUUUGUUUUGUUUGUUCCCCCUGUUUCUCUUUGCUUGUCUUACGAUGGGGGAAAGUGCGUACCGACGUAAAACCUCACAGACUAACCCCACCCAGCCCACCAGGCCCUCAUCUUUCCCCACCCCUGACACUGUUGGAAGCUCGCUCAGCAGAGACCCCCAUAGGUGCAGUCAGUGUGAAGUGUUUUUCUAACUGUGAAGCGUGUUACCCACUCAGUUCAAAGCCUGCUCGAGUGUUAGGUCAUUUAUGGAAAGAAACCCAAAUUAUCUGCACUUACAGAUGAGUGUUUCUAGUUUUAAGGCAGUCACCCCCCCACCCACCCACCCACUCAAGGAGUCCCACCCCUCAUUGGUUUUUCUGCCUUGCUGAAACCUUUAAAGCCAGCAGAGGGCGUCGUCUGGCUGCUCAGUUGUAGACAGAAGAAAAACAAAGUUUAACAGAAAGUGAUCGACCUGCGGCUGUAUAGUUUAAUAAGAUCUCACCACCCUGCAACCACACAUCCUACACCACCACAACCCCUCCUCUCAUGCCCCCCACCCCCUCCCUCAUCAACUCAUGAACCAGUGUGCCGUUCCUUCAGGUGUGAGGGGGACAGUACGGGUUCGAUUCCCCCUGUUCGGAGCAAGCACACAGGCGUUCCUGCAUGCUGGCUUCAUUAAAGACAGUGAUGUGUUCGUUUUGUCUCCUUCAACUCUGUUGUGAAAACAAGCUGUCGUCGUUCCAAAGGAUCUGUCCCCAGGAGUUCACUCUGAAACGCUGUUGCCCACCCCCACACCCCCGGGUGUCAAAGGGGAAACACCUUCCUAGUACCUCAUUAACAGAUAUUGAAUGUACCGUGCAUACCCUUUUUAUUUUUAUUUUAUUUUGUACAGAUAUUCCUGAUACCUGUACACACUCUUUUGACUAGAGCGUUAGUGAAGACGUAGCAGUUUAAAAAGAAAAAAAAAAAAGAAAAAAUUGCCCCACAGGAAGUGAUUGGAUCCAAAUUCAGCAGGUUCAGUAACGUCACUGAACACUCAGGCUUUAAAAACAUCUUUCUUUUCAUUAUUGUCAUGUCGCAAUUAAAUCCAGCACAAUUUCAGACUGUAAAAGUGCUUCAACCUCAGUUUUACUGGCUGAUGGAGAGAAAAAUAAAAAGUUUAAGUAAGAGGUGAUUGUUACAGUCUGCUAGUUUUUCUCGAGUAGAACAGUGGUAGUAGAUGCUGUUUUAUUUUCUUCCCUUUAAUGUUGAGCUGCUCUGUCAGUAGUGCAUGUGAGGUCUUAAGCCUUUGCCCCCUCUCUGACGUUUUUUUUUUUUAAACCCCAACAGCUCAACGUGUUUUCAGCCAGAGUUGCCAUUUUUUAUUUGUCGUGGUCAGUUUCCAGUGCCGUACGAUGUGCCCCCUCCCCUCAGAGUCUACGAGAGACACGGAGCAUGUCUGUGUCCUGAGAUGGUAGGCUCCUCUGUCAUGUGAUGAGUAUAUAUUUUUUAAGAAAAAUAAAAGAAAAACAAAAGAAUACCCUCUCUCCCAUAGUUUGGAUUAUGCGCAUUAUAGUAAUUUUGCUGUUGAUGAUGACUAUAUCUAUUUUUCAGUUCAGCAAUUGCUGUUAUAAGAAGCCUUUUUUGUUCUUUAUGUUUUUAGUUUUUA